AUGCGCUCCCUUCGGAAAACGGUGUUGCUCAGCAUCCUUGUGUCAGUGGUUCUGGUCCUGGCUCUCAUCCACACGUGGCCCACCCGGGCCUACACCACAAUAGAGGUCUGGCAACGGCCAGGCCUUGUUUUAGACAGGAAUCUAGAGGAUCGACUCCUGGAACCAGAUCCCCAGUUAAGCACCAUCCCCUUUCAUGUGCGAGAGAGUGUGGCAGGCUUGUUGGCGCGCAACGGAUGCGUGUGUGAGAGCGAAGGAGUGACUCUGCCUAUCCUCCAAAUCUUAAAAUCACGUGUGUCAGCUCAAUCGCUGAACAAGGCCUUCCAGGCCAGUGAACUGGAGGAGUUGAAGAAGAGACGAGACAAGGAGUUCAAGAGCUUCCAGAAAAGGUUACAGACACCUGGAGAUAUGCUCAUCAUUGCAGAGGCAAACAACCCACUGCAGUAUCCAACCCAGGGCGUGGAAACGCGGCCCCUAAAAACAAUCCUUAUCCCAGGAUUGGCCUUACAGGACCAUCCGAGAGACCACUACUCGAUAAAUCUCACGGCCACGAUGGGGACGCUGAAUGUUGCCGCAGAAGUGGACGGUGUAAAAAUCCAAGGUGAUGGUGAAAUGCGCAUGACGCUGUCAAGCAGCCACUUGGGAAAACUGAACCGACAACUGCAGUUUGUCACCUACACAAACACACUGUUCCACCCCAAUACAGCAGACACAGUGCACUUUGAGACAGAGGGCCACCAAGCCAACUUCAUCAUUAAGAUCCGUCACGGUUUAACACCAAAACUGUAUAACACAGGGACGGAAGGAGAGUACAACAUCAGUGCUCUGGUCACCAUAGCAACCAAAACAUUUCUACGCUACGACAAGCUUCAAAAUCUGAUCGACAGCGUGAGGAAAUACUAUCCGACCGUCACGAUUAUCAUUGCUGAUGACAGUCAAAAUCCCAAGAGCAUCUCAGGGCCUCACAUUGAACAUUACAUCAUGCCUUCUGGAAAGGGCUGGUUUGCUGGUCGGAACCUGGCCAUUUCCCAGGUGACCACCAAGUAUGUCCUGUGGGUGGACGAUGACUUUAUCUUCACCAGCAAGACAAAGGUGGAGAAACUUGUGGAUGUUUUAGAGAAGACCACUUUGGACCUGGUGGGAGGUGCAGUACAGGAGGUCACAAGGUAUACCGCCACCUUCAGGCAGACCAUAUCCAUUGAGCCGGGGGAGGCGGAUGGGGACUGUUUGCACAUCAGGAAAGGCUUCCAUCACGUCAUCCAAGGUUUCCCUAAUUGCGUGGUGACCGAUGGAGUGAUUAACUUCUUCCUAGCUCGAACUGACAAAGUCCAGCAGGUUGGCUUUGACCCUCGCCUCAACAGGGUAGCCCACCUGGAGUUUUUCAUUGACGGCCUGGGAACGCUCCAUGUGGGCUCUUGUGACGACGUCAUCGUCAGUCAUGCAAGUAAAAUCAAGUUCCCCUGGGCCAGUGCAUCAGAGAGCGACAAAGCCUAUGCCAAAUUUCGUUACCAGCCAGCCUCAUCUGACUCUUUGCACAGCAAUUUCGGCCUAUUUUACUUCAAGAACAGAUUUCAGUGUUUCACUCGGGGAGCCCCUCAGGGCUGUGUUCUGACCCCCAAGGUCUUCACUCUGCUUACACGUGACAGCAAAACAACUUACAGCACCAAUUAUUUGGUAAAAUAUGCGGACGACACCACUCUGGUGGGCCACAUUACCAACGGCGACGAGACGCACUACAGGACUGAGGUGGGACUUUUGGCCAUGUGGUGCAGAGGUAACCUCCUGCUGAACAUAAGCAAAACAAAGGAGAUUGUUGUCAACUUCCAGAGAGGCAACAGCCAACACCUGCCACUGAUCAUUGAUGCGGCUGCCAUAGAGAGAGUAACCAGCACAAAAUUCCUCGGCGUGCACAUCGAUGAGGAUCUCUCUUGGACCACCAACACUAAAUCACUAGCCAAGAAAGCACAGCGGCGACUCUACUUCUUAAGGAAACUGAUGCACGCUAGCACCCCACCACCCAUUAUGGCCACGUUUUACAGAGGGACCAUUGAAAGCAUCCUCACCAGCUGCAUUGCUGUUUGGGGCAGGAGCUGCACAGCCUACAACAUGAGAGCCCUGCAGCGUAUAGUGAACACAGCAAGCAAAAUCAUCAAUGCUCCACUUCCUUCCCUGCAGGACAUCUACACCACCCGCCUUAUUCGCAAGGCUGUCACAAUUGUGAGAGAUGUGACACACUAA